GUUUGGUGUCUUCGUCAUUGCGAAAUAGUUAUCAAACAUGAAAUAUCCCACAAUUAUUUUGUUCGCGCUUGCCGCAUACGUUUUGCCAGCUUUGGCAGGAAAUGACUAUCUUUGGGGCGAGAUUGGUGCCAAUGACUACAAAUUGGCCAAGGAUACGGUUUCGAAGGCAUUCUUCGUUGGUCUUGUGCAGACCAAGAAAUAUGUGUUCAAGCAGUCGGAGAAUCUGAACGCUUUAACCAUUACGGCCAUUCGUGUUACCGACAAAAAGAAAAGCCAUGGAGCAACUGUAGUACUCGCCAGUGGCGGUCCUGGAUCGAAAGGUGCCACUCUUAAAUUUACAUCUGAAAGAGGCUAUGGAAUCAAGGAUGUAGUGGAGAUAUGGGGUCGUUAAAAUACAUUCCCAAAUGAAUCCGUAAAUAAUGAGAUCCUGUGCAACGAAUCCUUAUGUGCUUGUGUUUCUAAAUAUACAGCCAAGACGAGGCAAAAAUAAGGACAUUUCAUGUCCUAGCAACUCUUUAAAA